AUGGAAGAAGUCCACAACUUUAGCGCACAGCCUGACCGGCCGCGCAAAAGGCGUCGUCGCACCAUGGCAUGCACCCAAUGCCGCAGCCGCAAAUUACGCUGCGACCGAGAAUAUCCCACUUGCGGUCGUUGCCUGAAAAGCAGAGCGCCCACAAAAUGUACCUACGAAGAUGGAUUUCUCUGGCAACAACCGACAACUGUAGCAAGUUCAACAAGAGGAGGGUCCACUAUAUCUUUCCCCCGGACUGAACAGCAGCCUCUCCAGACGCCCCCGGACUCGGGGAUAGGAGCGCCGUCGAUUCGGUCGGAAAGUCUUGUUUCGACAACCGCGCCCGCUGCCGGCUCGGCCAUAACAUUAGCCUCUACCAAUACGGAUGGGAAUGGUCAUGGCCCCCCAUUCCGAGGAAAACAUGGGAAUGGAAAGGAGAGAAGAGAUUGUUUCUUAGAAACUGUUUUGGGGGCUCCUAAAGCUGCUAUUAAUCAGGAUCCGUUUGCGACGACAGGUGGAAUUUUGCAAAGGCCGAGACGUCCUUUUCCUGAGAUUGACGCUACUUUCUCUUCGCAGGAUAAUGAGGAUGUCGAUGAGGCUGGCUUUGAGGACUCGUUGACUCCGGCUAAUCAGUUGGAUUUGUCUCCUCGGAUCAUGAUGAGAGGUCGCGAGACGAAGACGAGGUUUAGUGGAUCGGGGAUAUAUGCUAAUUUAGUGACACAGUUCCCCGACAUCAAGGCCUUUGCAGAGGACAUCCGUUUGACAAACCCAAUCCUCUCAAGGGUUCGUCCAGAUCUAGAACGAGUAAAACGAGGACUCUGGAAAAGGAGACCACUCAAUGAACCAUUCCCAGACCCAACCGCCGUGUCCUUAAUAGCUUUGCUCCCCACGCGAGCUGUCGCUGACGAGCUUAUCCGCGUGUAUUUGACCUUCGUCGAGUCCACACAUCGUAUCAUCCACGUCCCAACUUUUCUCCGGGAUGUCGACGAGUUCUGGGCUACUUCAGACAAUGCUAACAUUCAAUCGGCUUCGUUCAUCUCACAACUACUGCUGGUUCUUGCCUGCGCAUGGAAUUACGCCGAUGUAGACCUUCUCCAAGAGAAAAGUACCAAACCUCUCCGUUGCUACACUGCAGUGGAGUGGGUAUUACAUGCCGAGAAAUGGAUCAACAAUGCGCGUAUCAAGCGAGCAGAAAUCAAUACGUUACGACUGUACAUUUUGUUAAUCACCGCCCAGAACUGUUUUGGUAUGAAGCGCAGCCAGGCAUGGCUAGCUACCAGUCAUUUGGUUAAGUCUGCCAUGAUGUCAGGGUAUCAUCGAGACCCAAGCAAAUAUGCCGGGAUUUCUACCUUUAACAUGGAGAUGCGCCGGCGCAUCUGGUACACUAUUGUUGAGCUGGAUCUCCAGGUCGCUCUUGAUAGGGGUAUGCCACCGACUAUCCACUGUUCGGACUACGAUACCCGUCUUCCUUUGAAUAUCAAUGACGACGAGCUUAAUGAAUCUACCCUUGAACCUCCGGAGGGUUAUCCCCUAAGCAGCGCGGUUGAUUGCUCCUACCAAACUGCACUUGGUCGGUCGCUUCCACUUCGGCUGAAAGUGUGUUCGCUCAUGAAUUCCCCGAGAGUUAGCUGUCGAUAUGAGGAAAUCCAACGACUUGACUGGGAGUUGACGCGUCAAGUAGCUCAGAUUCCUUCAUGGUUCGCGCCUAAUGUCACAUCGCCUGCGACAUUUGAAAAGGCGACUCUAUGGAAAGCUUUGAUUGAAAAUAGGCUUGCGCAAACCCUUCUCUCCCUUCACACUCCUUUUGCCAUUGAGGCACGCGAAGAGGCUUUAUUCGCUCCAUCUGCACGGUCUCGUUUGGAUGCGGCAGUUAUGAUUCUUUCUACCCAGCGCCGAUUACACGAGACAUCGCCGUUGCUGUCACUGUGCGUCCUUGGCGAGUGCACUAUCCAAGCCUUGGUUACCGUUUGCCAGGUAUUACAUUCAUUGGAUCCCCAUCCAGCUACAACCCCCUUCCCACCAUCCUCUCUCUUCCAACUCGCAACCCUCCCCGGCCUCCCCGAAUCCCUACUCUCACUCACCGAAUCCGCCCUCAUCGCCCUAGAAGUCCGAUUCCUCCUCGUCGUCAAAGGAGCAAAAGACUACUUCUUCCUCUCAACAAUCAGCGCACUAGUAAAAGCCAAACUCUGGCCACUACAAGCAGCCAUGUACAAGCAGCAAGUAGUUGAGCGAGUUCUAUCGUUCGCGCAAACAUUAUUCCAGCGACAUGCAAGUUGUGAACAUCUGGGUAAUCCGGGAAUGGGCAAUUUCAAAGAUAAUCAAGUUGCUGCUUUUCUUUCUACGCCGGGUUUGGCACCGACUCUUCCGACCGAUCUUGAUGGAAUUAUUCCACCGCCAAAUCUUGGCGUUGGGGUUACUCCGCCCGGGGAUUUUGACCCCUUUUUGGAUGUAUUUGAUUGGGAUGAUCUUGCUGGGAUGGCGGCGAUUUAA